AUGAAUGACGAAGGUUGGCAACCUCCUCAAAGUGGUGCUUCUAAUGAAGAUAAUUGGAAACAACCUUCGACCACCGAUAAAGGUUGGCUAUCUCCAAGUAGUACUUCUAAUGAUGACAAUUGGAAACCCUCAACUACUGAUGAGGGUUGGGGACCACAAGCAAGAGUUUCUAAUGAAAGCAAUUGGCCACAAACUUCACCCCAUUAUGAGAGCAGCUGGGGCACACAGGGUGUGCAAACACAAGUAAAAGAUGAUUGGACAAGUAAACAAGAACCUAUUUCUACUGAAGAUGUAGUAGAACCUGAAUUAGAAGUUAAUUGGAAGGAUAAACAAGCUUCUGUUGAAGGUGAUGAUGUAAUAAAAAGGACGUUGACUCCUCCUCAAGAUCAAGAUGAUAGUCGCGUGAUAAAACAAGUUCCUCUGUCUGACGAGGACGAAUGGGUAACAAGUGAUCAACCAACAAGUGAUCAACCAACUUUCUCACAGGAUCGUGAAAAUGACCCUACUAUGAAACAAGCUCCCACCCCUGAAGAAGAAGUCGAAUGGGUGACAAGUAACCCACCAACCUCGGUUCAUAAUCGUGAUAAUCAUUGGAAGAAACCGUAUUUUCACAACGAAAAUAAUGGAUGGAAUAAAAAGAGAUCAUCUCCGUCUGAAGAUAUUCGUGUACAUAAAAGAUCUGAUAUGUUUAAAGAUACGUGGGGUGGUAAAGGCCGUUCGGAAGGCUCAUGGGAAGCCAAGAGAAAUGACGCAGAUGAUGGAUCUUUGAAGUCUACUACCAUACGUGCCAGAUCUGUUGAUCAGCAUUCAAAAAUUAUUUCUAAUAAUUCAAUCGAUCCAAUGGAGGUGGAGCCCGAUGAUUUAUCUACUCUUGCUAUGCAGGAGGUAAUUCAUAACUCUUUUACAACAUUACAAAUUAAAAAACAUAAUGAGAGUAAACAAUUGGAGAAUUAUGACCUGAAUGAUAAUUUAAAUUCGGUCCCCCCUGGAAUUAUUCAAAAGACUGUUCGAACUUACAUUCAACAUCCGACUCAAGAAUCCCAUGAUAACAAUGAUUAUCUGAAACGAACUAAAUCUUCAUUCACCAUUAAAGAAUUUCGUGAUGUAGAAGUCCAAACGGAUCCAAUUGAUUUAACAUUACUUGAGCAGUAUUUAAAUAAUAUUGAUCCUUCAAUAAUGAACAUUUUACGCAAGAAGCUGUUUUCAGUUGGUGUUGGGCCGGUGAAACCAUCCAAUGAAAAUGUUGAACCACAAUGGAAUAUUCCCUUAAAUGAAUCAUCACAAAUGACUUCUAAUAAUACAUGGGGUACUACUAGGGAAAAGUCUGUAAAUGAGAGUACUCAAAAAAAUACAAGUUCGUGGGGUGGUUCUAUGAAACAGUCCAAUGAAAGUGUCGAGUCUCAAUGGAAUACACCUUCGAAUAAGCCAUCGCAAACAACUUCUAAUACAUGGGGCGCACCCCCAGAAAAGUUUGUAAACGAGACAGCACAAAAUAAUGCAAGUUCAUGGGAUGUAUCAGUAAAACCACCUAAUGAAAAUGUUGAAUCUCAACGGAAAGAUCCUUUAAAUGAGCCAUCACAAAUAACAUCUAAUACAUAUGAUACAUGGAGUGCAGCCACAGAAAAGUCCUCAAAUAAGAGUGCACAAAAAAAUGCAGGUUCAUGGGAUGGUUUUGUCAAACCUUCUAUUGAAGGUGUCGAAUCUCAAUGGAACGUUCCGUUAAAUGAAUCAUCGCAAACCCCAUCUAAUACGUGGAGCGUACCUUCAGAAAAGUUCUUAAAUAAGUCUGCACAAAAAAAUGCAAAUUCGUGGGAUGCAUCGGUGAAACCACCUAAUGAAAAUAUUGAAUCUCAAUGGAAAGCUCCUUUAAAUGAGCCAUCGCAAACUACAUCUAAUUCAUGGGAUGCACCUCCAGAAAAGCCUUUGAACGAGACAGCACAGAAAAAUAUAGGUUCGUGGAAUGUCCUUGUGAAACCAUCUAAUGAAAAUGUUGAAACGCAAUGGGAAGCUCCUUUAAAUGAGUCAUCACAAACCCCAUCUAAUACAUGGGGUGUACUUCCAGAGAAGUCUUUAAAGAAUACAAAUUCAUGGGAUGUCCCUGUAAAACCAUCUAACGAAAAUGUUGAACCUCAGAGGAAAGUUCCUUUAAAUGAGCCAUCACAAACUACAUCUAAUACGUGGGGCGCAUCUCCAGAAAGGCCUAAAAAUGAGACAGCACAAAAGAAUACAAGUUCAUGGGAUACCCCCGUAAAACCAUCUAAUGAAAAUGUUAAACCUCAUUGGAAUUUGCCUUUAAAUGAGCCAUCACAAACGACAUCUAAUACCUGGAGUGUACCUCCGGAAAAAUCUUUAAAUGAGGCAGCGCAAAAAAAUACAAAUUCGUGGGAUGCACCCGUAAAACCAUCUGAUGAAAAUUUUGAACCUCAAUGGAAAAUGUCUUCAAAUGAACCAUCACAAACGACAUCCAAUACGUGGGGAGCACCUUCAGAAAGGUCUACAAAUGAGACAGCACAAAAGAAUGCAAGUUCAUGGGUUACCCCCGUAAAACCAUCUAAUGAAAAUGUUGAACCUCAACGGAAUAUACUUUUAAAUGAACGACCACAAACGACAUCUAAUACCUGGUGCGUACCUCCAGAAAAGUCUUUAAAUGAGACAGCACAAAAAAAUAUAGGUUCGUGGAGUGCCCCCGUAAAACCAUCUAAUGAAAACGUUGAACCUCAGAAGAAAGUUCCUUUAAAUGAGCCAUCACAAACUACAUCUAAUACGUGGGGCGCAUUUACAGAAAGGUCUACAAAUGAGACAGCACAAAAGAAUGCAAGUUCAUGGGAUGCGCCCGUAAAACCGUCUAAUGAAAAUGUUGAACCUCAAUGGAAUAUACCUUUAAAUGAACGACCACAAACGACAUCCAAUACGUGGAGUGUACCUCCAGAAAAGUCUUUAAAUGAGACAACACAAAAAAACACAAGUUCUUGGAGUGUCGCCGUAAAACCAUCUAAUGAAAAUGGUGACCCUCAAUGGAAAAUGUCUUUAAAUGAACCAUCACAAACGACCUCCAAUACGUGGAGUGCGCCUCCAGAAAAGCCUUUAAAUGGGACAGCACAAAAUAAUACGAGUACGUGGGGUGCUGUGAGACCAUCAAACGAAAAUUUUGAACCUCAAUGGAAAAUGCCUUUAAAUGAACCAUCGCAAACGACAUCCAAUACUUGGGGUGCACUUCCAGAAAAGUCUUUAAAUGAGACAGCACAAAAGAAUACAAGCUCACAGGAUGUCCCUGUGAAACAAUCUAAUGAAAAUGUUGAGUCUCAAUGGAAAGCUCCUUCAAAUGAGCCAUCACAAAUUACAUCUAAUACAUGGGGAGCACCUCCAGAAAAGUCGCGGAGUGGCUCUGUUAAAUCGUAUAACGAAAGUGCCGAAUCGCAAUGGAAUAUUCCUUCACGGCAAACGACUUUUAAUACAUGGGAUUCACCUGCAGAAAGGUCUUUAAAUGAGACAUUACAUAAGAAUGAAAAUUCGUGGGGUGUACCGGUGAAACAACCUAAUGAAAAUAUUAAACUUCCCCCUAAUACAUGGAGCGCAUCUACUGAAAAUUCUUCAAAUGAGAGUGCACAAAAAAAUUUAAGUUCGUGGGGAAGUUCUGUGAAAGUGCCUAAUGAAAAUACCGAGUCUCAGCGGAACAUUUCUUUAAAUAAACCAUCACAAACAAAUUCUGAUAAUGAAUGGUGUUCACCUACGCCUAAGUCUUUAAAUGAGACAGCACAGAAGAAUAUAGAUUCAUGGACUUCUAUGAAACCGAUGAACGAGGAUAUUAAAUCGCAAUGGAACGCGCCUUUAAAUGAGCCGUCACAAACUUCUUAUGAUACGUGGAGUGUACCUGCAGGAAAGUCUUCAAAUGAUAAAGCACCAAAAAAUGGUGUUCCAUGGGAUACUUCUGCGAAACCCUCAAAUGAAAAUGAAUCACACUGGAACACUGUAAAUGAGCCAUCGCAACAAAUCCUUGAAACAUGGAAAGCUUCUGAUAGAAAACAACCUGUAAAAAAUGAAUGGGAACGGAAUGAAUCAAAAAUGCAAGCCCAAGACAGCCACAAAUCUGUGCCAGAAUCACAUAUGCAACCAAUACAUCCAGUGACUUCCACGCAUCUCGAUGAUGAUGAUUCACAUAAUAAUUUUAUUAAUACACGUCGAGGAGGUUCAAAGCCUAGCCCUUUUGCCAACGCAAUGCCUCCAAAAUUCUCACCCGAAGAAGCGUGGAAUAGACUUCUCCAAGCUGAUAGAAAAAAAGAUAUUGAUGAGUUUAAAGAAAUGUUUGAAGAAUAUGCCAAAGCAUCUCCCGAAGAAACAUUUCAGACAAUCGAGAAAAGAUUGGGAAUGGCAGGUUGUACCGGAAGAAUAAUCGCAUUAAAACGUGAAGGAAUUCCAUUGACGAAAUGUUUGAUUGAUUUGCAAGGAAAAACGAAUAAGAAAUAUUUAGCCCAAUUGAUAACGAGUCCAGAUCGGUUGCCACAAACUUCUGGCAAAGCCAGUUCAGAAGCAGAGAAUUUUCAAUGGCUUGCAGAUGCUGGGUUUUUGAGUGAUGAUCCAACGCCAGCUUGUUUUAAUUGUAAGCAAAAAGGUCACACUGCAAAGGAUUGCGCAGAGCCAAAGCAAAAAAAUGAGCGAAAUAUGCCUUUAGCAUGUCAGCAUUGCGGAGCUACCGAUCACAUAACGAAAUCAUGCAAUAUCGAUGGGCGACGGGAUUAUUAUGCCGAAAUUCGCGAUAGAAACUUUGGAGGAGGUGACGGUGGUUAUAAGUAUGGACCAAACAACAAUGUUGUCCGUGAUCACUCUGAUAAUGCUGGAUCGGAUGGCAAUGGUGACCGUCGAAGUUUCCGCAGAAGUCAAAUAUGUUAUAAUUGUAAUCACGAGGGGCACCUGUCACGUGAAUGCCUAGAACCUAAAAAAGAUGAUCGGAAGUGCUUUAAAUGUGGAAAGGCAGGACAUUAUGAAGGAAAUUGUAAUAAUACAAACAAUAAUUACGGGUCAUCUGGCGACAUUGGUGGUGGCUAUAAUGAUAAUUAUUCGUUGAAAAAUCCAUCAUCCGUCAGAUCGAAUUCACAAGAUUAUAAUUACAGAGGAAGCACCCGUAAUAAAGAUGAUUACGGAAUAAUGAGGAAUACGCAAAAUAAAAUUAGUGACAUAUUGAAUGCUUCUGGCGAUAAUAGAUCAAUAGUUUGGGGAACUAAAAAUGACGAUAACAAUCCAACAUUGGAAUUAAACAAUAAAAAACAGAAUGAGUUAAAUAGAGUGAAUAACGAUGAUAGUUCAUGGUUAGUCACACCGAGCACUUUAGAUCAAAAAGAUAGCAACGUAGAUGAUGCAUGGGAACAAGCAAAAAAAGAUGCUACUGCAAGCUGGGGAACACAAUUCACCACUUCGGAAAAUAGUAUGCGACAAGAAACUAGUUGGAAAAAUAAUGACCGAGAGACUGAUUGGAAUAAUCAUGGUCGAGAGAUCAGUGGGAAAAAUAAUCAUGAUCGAGAGACUAGUUGGAAAAAUAACAACGAUCGUGAGACUAGUUGGAAAAAUAAUGAUCGAGAGACCAGUUGGAAAAAUAAUGAUCGGGAGACCAGUUGGAAAAAUAACAAUGAUCGAGAGACCAGUUUGAAAAAUAACAAUGAUCGAGAGGCCAGUUGGAAUGAUCGAGAGGCUAGUUGGAAAAAUAACUAUGAUCGAGAGACUAGUUGGAAAAACUACGAUCGAGAGACUAGUUGGAAAAAUAAUGAUCAAGAAAACCGUCGGAGAAAUAACUAUGAUCGAGAGACUAGUUGGAAAAAUAAUGAUCAAGAAAACCGUUGGAAAAAUAAUGAUCGAGAUAAUAACCGGAGAAAUAGUGGUCGGGAUAAUAAUAACUGGAGAAAUAAUGGUCGGGAUACUAGUAAUUGGAAGAAUGACGACCGAGAUAUUAGUAACUGGAGAAAUAACGAUCGUGACCCAAAUUUCAGAGACAAUAAUCAAGAGCCAAACUGGAGAAACGGAAGUCGAGAGAAUAGCUGGAAAGAUGAUAGAGAAACUGGUUGGAAAAAUCAUGAUAAUUAUGGGAACAACAAUGAUAGAGAUACUAAUAAUUGGAGAAAUAAUCGUGAGAACAGAUCCAGAAACAGUGGUCGGAGAAAUGAUUAUCGAGAGGAUACACGUGGAAGAAGUAGUCAAUCUGAAAAUAUUUUGAGAAAUAAUGGUAGUGAUAAAUCCGAAAGUCCGUAUGAUUUGCGAAGGGUUAAUAAUCAGGGUUUUAAUUCUCCGAGGUACGGUCAACCUCCACUAAAUAAUGAAUCAUCAAGAAUUAAUCAACAAGGAUCGAAUACAUGGGAAACUGAUAAUUUGGAUAAUGCAAAACCGUGGUGGUAA